GCUUCAUACCCUGAUCAGUUUUCAAACUCCAGUAUGACGUCUGAGACUGAGCAGCCAAUACAACUCCAGAAGCUCCACGGCAAGGUGGCCAUUGUCACCGGCGCCGCCAGCGGCAUUGGUGCAGUCACGGCCCGUUACUUCGCCGACCAUGGAGCUCGCUUUGUCGUGAUCGCCGAUGUCCAAGACGACAAGGGCAAAGAAGUCGCUGCAUCGAUCGGCUCCCAACGCUGCAUCUACGUCCACUGCGACGUCACCCACGAGGACCAGGUCAAGUCCCUGGUCGACUCCACAGUCAAAAAAUACGGCCAACUCGACGUCAUGCACAGCAAUGCGGGAAUAGCUGCCCUGUCGAGGCAGACGGUGCUGGAUCUGGACCUGUCCGGGUACGACAGAGUGAUGGCAGUGAACGCUCGCGGGAUGGCUGCUUGUGUGAAGCACGCGGCGCGUGCAAUGGUAACGAAAGGGGUGAGAGGCAGCAUCGUGUGCACGGCGAGCUUCGUCGCGAACUGCGGGACAGAGGGGGUCACGGACUACACGAUGUCGAAGCACGCGGUGUUGGGGCUGGUGAGGUCAGCGAGCGUGCAGCUGGCGGCGCGUGGCGUUAGGGUGAAUUGCGUUUCGCCGGGUGUGGUGGGGACUCCGAUAAUUAAGAUUGGGGAGGAAGAGAUGAAGGAGAAGCUGGCGGCGAUUUAUACAGGAAGUGGCGGGCCGCUGAUGGAGAAGCACGUGGCGGACGCGGUUGUAUUUUUGGCGUCGGAAGAGUCGGCGUUCGUCACCGGCCAUAAUUUGGUGGUGGAUGGCGGACGUGGUACCAAGGCGUUAUCAGUAAUGAAUUCAUGAUGGAGUUGAUUGUAUCACAUCAGAUCAAUAAUGGUAAGAACUAUCUCUCAACUUGUUUGGGAUAUGCAUGGGAUCGAGUUCUACGAUAUCGGGAGUUCCGGCUUUUUAAUUGUAAUCUGAAUAAAAUGAUGUAUCAUUAUUGAUUUGUGGAGUCAUAAUAAAACUGUCAAAUGAAACUUAU